UCAGGAGCGCAGACAAGUGAGGUCUCAGUCCAAGAAACCAAAUCUUCCACAGCCUCCUCAUUAUUCAGCACAGAGACACCAUCAGCAAUGCCAGUCACAGGUGACGACAAGCCUGUGACAGGUGGAACAGAGAGUUCUUCUGUAACACCUUUUUCAGGGACACCAGUGGUUGGCACUGUAGUGAGUCCAACAGAUGAGGAUGUUUCAGGUGACCAAGCUUCAACAAUGUUCACCAUGACCUCCCAGGCCACAGCUACAUCUUCACCAUAUAGCACAGUGGCAACAACAACAAUAUCUUCUGUAACAUUGUCUUCAGUUUCAGAGGAACAUGAGACGAGUACAAGUGGUGAAACCACAACAGUGCAGUCCAGUCCUUCCUUCAGUGAAUCAACAAUAACACCUGAAGUAACAUCCUUGCUUUCAACCACCUUUAUUGAGAGUUCAGGGGACGGCACAACCGAUUUCACUGAUGAGUCCCUUAUUCCAGCAACCACUGCCUCCUCAUUUUCCAGCACUGUGUCUCCACAUGUUACAUCAUUCCUUGAAACUGACACAAGUGAUUCUCCAAAACCAGCUGUCACAGCUGCUUCAUCUCUGUACAGUACUGAGAGACCAACUUCAAUGUCACCUGAAAUUAAAGAGACUCCAUCCACAAGUGAGACUGAGACGUUAACAGCUUCACCAAGGUCUAGCUCUACAACAGAAGAGGAGGACAGCUCAGGAGCACAGACAAGUAAGGUCUCAGCCCAAGAAACCAAAUCUCCUGCAGCAUCCUCAUUAUUCAGCACAGAGACACCAUCAGCAAUGCCAGUCACAGGUGAUGACAAGACUGUGACAGGUGGAACAGAGAGUUCUUCAGUAACACCUUUUUCAGAGACACCAGUGGUUGGCACUGUAGUGAGUUCGACAGAUGAGGAUGUUUCAGGUGACCAAGCUUCAACAAUGUUCACCAUGACCUCCCAGGCCACAGCUACAUCUUCACCAUAUAGCACAGAGACAACAACAACAUCUUCUGUAACAUCAUCUUCAGUUUCACAGGAAAGUGAGAAGAGUACAAGUGGUGAAACCACAACAGUGCAGUCCAGUCCUUCCUUCAGUGAAUCAACGGUAGCACCUGACGGAACAUCACUGCUUUCAACCACGUUUGUUGAGAGCUCAGGGGAUGGCACAACCGAUUUCACUGAUGACUCCCAUCUUUCAGCAACCACUGCCUCCUCAUUUUCCAGCACUGUGUCUCCACAUGUUACAUCAUCACUUGAAACUGACACAAGUGGUUCUCCCAAAACAGCUGUCACAUCUGCUUCAUCUCUGUACAGUACUGAGAGACCACCUUCAAUGUCCCCUGAAACCAAAGAGACUCCAUCCACAAGUGAGACUGAGACGUUAUCAGCUACACCAAGCUCUAGCUCUACAACAACAGAGGAGGACAUCUCAGGAGCGCAGACAAGUGAGGUCUCAGUCCAAGAAACCAAAUCUUCCACGGCCUCCUCAUUAUUCAGCACAGAGACACCAUCAGCUAUGCCAGUCACAGGUGACGACAGGACUGUGACAGGUGGAACACAGCAUCCCUCAGUAACACCUUUUUCAGAGACACCAGUGGUUGGCACUGUAGUGAGUUCGACAGAUGAGGAUGUUUCAGGUGACCAAGCUUCAACAAUGUUCACCAUGACCUCCCAGGCCACAGCUAAAUCUUCACCAUAUAGCACAGAGACAACAACAAAAUCUUCUGUAACAUCAACUUCAAUUUCAGAGGAACGAGAGACGAGUACAAGUGGUGAAACCACAACAGUGCAGUCCAGUCCUUCCUUCAGUGAAUCAACAAUAACACCUGAUGGAACAGCCCUGCUUUCAACCAUCUUUAUUGAGAGUUCAGGGGAUGGCACAACCGAUUUCACUGAUGAGUCCCAUCUUUCAGCAACCACUGCCUCCUCAUUUUCCAGCACUGUGUCUCCAUCUGUUACAUCAUCACUUGAAACUGACACAAGUGGUUCUCUCAAAUCAGCAGUCACAGCUGCUUCAUCUCUGUACAGUACUGAGAGACCAACUUCAGUGUACCCUGAAACCAAAGAGACUCCAUCCACAAGUGAGACUGAGACGUUAUCAGCUUCACCGAGGUCUAGCUCUACAACAACAGAGGAGGACAGCUCAGGAGCACAAACAAGUGAGGUCUCAGCCCAAACAUCCAAAACUCCCACAGCCUCCUCAUUGUUCAGCACAGAGACACCAUCAGCAAUGCCAGUCACAGGUGAUGACAGGACUGUGACAGGUGGAACAGAGAGUCCCUCAGUAACACCAUUUUCAAGGACACCAGUGGUUGGCACUGUAGUGGGUUCGACAGAUGAGGAUGUUUCAGGUGACCAAGCUUCAACAAUGUUCACCAUGACCUCCCAGGCCACAGCUCCAUCUUCACCAUAUAGCACAGAGACAACAACAACAUCUUCUGUAACAUCAUCUUCAAUUUCAAAGGAACGUGAGAGGAGUACAAGUGGUGAAACCACAACAGUGCAGUCCAGUCCUUCCUUCAGUGAAUCAACAAUAACACCUGACGGAACAUCCCUGCUUUCAACGAUGUUUGUUGAGAGCUCAGGGGAUGGCACAACCGAUUUCACUGAUGACUCCCAUCUUUCAGCAUUCACUGCCUCCUCAUUUUCCAGCACUGUGUCUCCACAUGUUACAUCAUCACUUGCAACUGACACAAGUGGUUCUCCAAAAUCAGCAGUCACAGCUGCUUCAUCUCUGUACAGUACUGAGAGACCGACUUCUAUGUCCCUUGAAACUAAAGAGACUCCAUCCACAAGUGAGACUGAGACAUUAUCAGCUUCACCAAGGUCUACCUCUACAACAGUAGAGGAGGACAGCUCAGGAGCACAGACAAGUGAGGUCUCAGCCCAAGAAACCAAAUCUCCCACAGCCUCCUCAUUGUUUAGCACAGAGACACCAUCAGCAAUGCCAGUCACAGGUGACGACAGGACUGUGACAGGUGAAACUGAGAGUCCCUCAGUAACACCUUUUUCAGGGACACCAGUGUUUGGCACUGUUUUGAGUCUGACAGAUGAGGAUGUUUCAGGUGACCAAGCUUCAACAAUGUUCACCAUGACCUCCCAGGCCACAGCUACAUCUUCACCAUAUAGCACAGAGGCAACAACAACAAUAUCUUCUGUACCAUUGACUUCAGUUUCAGAGGAAAGUGAGAGGAGUACAAGUGGUGAAACCACAACAGUGCAGUCCAGUCCGUCCUUCAGAGAAUCAAUGAUAACACCUGACGGAACAUCCCUGCUUUCGACCAUCUUUAUUGAGAGUUCAGGGGACGGCACAACCGAUUUCACUGAUGACUCCCAUCUUUCAGCAACCACUGCCUCCUCAUUUUCCAGCACUGGGUCCCCAUCUGUUACAUCAUCACUUGCAACUGACACCAGUGGUUCUCCCAAAUCAGCAGUCACAGCUGCUUCAUCUCUUUACAGUACUGAGAGACCAACGUCUAUGUCCCCUGAAACUAAAGAGACUCCAUCCACAAGUGAGACUGAGACGUUAUCAGCUUCACCCAGGUCUAGCUCUACAACAGUAGAGAAGGACAUCUCAGGAGCACAGACAAGUGAGGUCUCAGCCCAAGAAACCAAAUCUCCCACAGCCUCCUCAUUGUUCAGCACAGAGACACCAUCAGCAAUGCCAGUCACAGGUGAUGACAAGCCUGUGACAGGUGGAACAGAGAGUUCUUCAGUAACACCUUUUUCAGAGACACCAGUGGUUGGCACUGUAGUGAGUUCGAGAGAUGAGGAUGUUUCAGGUGACCAAGCUUCAACAAUGUUCACCAUGACCUCCCAGGCCACAGCUACAUCUUCACCAUAUAGCACAGUGGCAACAACAACAAUAUCUUCUGUAACAUUGCCUUCAGUUUCAGAGGAACGUGAGAGGAGUACAAGUGGUGAAACCACAACAGUGCAGUCCAGUCCUUCCUUCAGUGAAUCAACAAUAACACCUGAUGGAACAGCCCUGCUUUCAACCAUCUUUAUUGAGAGUUCAGGGGACGGCACAACCGAUUUCACUGAUGAAUCCCUUCUUCCAGCAACUACUGCCUCCUCAUUUUCCAGCACUGUGUCUCCACAUGUUACAUCAUCACUUGCAACUGACACAAGUGGUUCUCCAAAACCAGCUGUCACAGCUGCUUCAUCUCUGUACAGUACUGAGAGACCAAUGUCAGUGUCACCUGAUAGUGACCAGACUCGAUCCACAAGUGAGACUGAGACGUUAUCAGCCACACCAAGCUCUAGCUCUACGACAACAGAGGAGGACAUCUCAGGACCACAGACAAGUGAGGUCUCAGCCCAAGAAUCCAAAUCUCCCACAUCCUCCUCAUUAUUCAGCACAGAGACACCAUCAGCAAUGCCAGUCAGAGGUGAUGACAGGACUGUGACAGGUGGAACACAGCAUCCCUCAGUAACACCUUUCUCAGGGACACCAGUGUUUGGCACUGUAGUGAGUCCGACAGAUGAGGAUGUUUCAGGUGACCAAGCUUCAACAAUGUUCACCAUGACCUCCCAGGCCACAGCUCCAUCUUCACCAUAUAGCACAGAGGCAACAACAACAAUAUCUUCUGUACCAUUGACUUCAGUUUCAGAGGAAAGUGAGAGGAGUACAAGUGGUGAAACCACAACAGUGCAGUCCAGUCCUUCCUUCAGUGAAUCAACAAUAACACCUGAAGUAACAUCCUUGCUUUCAACAAUCUUUAUUGAGAGUUCAGGGGACGGCACAUCCGAUUUAACUGAUGAGUCCCUUAUUCCAGCAACAACUGCCUCCUCAAUUUCCAGCAAUGUGUCACCACAUCUUACGUCAUCACUUAAAACCGACACAAGUGGUUCUCCCAAAACAGCUGUCACAGCUGCUUCAUCUCUGUACAGUACUGAGAGACCGACUUCUAUGUCCCUUGAAACUAAAGAGACUCCAUCCACAAGUGAGACUGAGACAUUAUCAGCUACACCGAGGUCUAGCUCUACGACAACAGUGGAGGACAGCUCAGGAGCACAGACAAGUGAGGUCUCAGUCCACGAAACCAAAUCUCCCACAGCCUCCUCAUUGUUCAGCACAGAGACACCAUCAGCAAUGCCAGUCACAGGUGACGACAGGACUGUGAUAGGUGAAACGGAGAGUCCCUCAGUAACACCUUUUUCAGGGACACCAGUGUUUGGCACUGUAAUGAGUCCGACAGAUGAGGAUGUUUCAGGUGACCAAGCUUCAACAAUGUUCACCAUGACCUCCCAGGCCACAGCUCCAUCUUCACCAUAUAGCACAAAGGGAACAACGUCUUGUGUAACAUUGACUUCAGUUUCGGAGGAAAGUGAGAAGAGUACAAGUGGUGAAACCACAACAGUGCAGUCCAGUCCUUCCUUCAGUGAAUCAACAAUAAAACCUGACGGAACAUCCCUGCUUUCAACCACCUUUAUUGAGAGUUCAGGAGACGGCACAACCGAUUUUACUGAUGAGUCCCUUAUUCCAGGAACCACUGCCUCCUCAUUUUCCAGCACUGUGUCUCCAUCUGUUACAUCAUCACUUUCAACUGACACAAGUGGUUCAACCAAAACAUUUGUCACAGCUGCUUCAUCUCUGUACAGUACUGAGAGACCAACUUCAGUGUCCCCUGAAACCAAAGAGACUCCAUCCACAAGUGAGACUGAGACGUUAACAGCUUCACCAAUGUCUAGCUCUACAACAGUAGAGGAGGACAGCUCAGGAGCACAGACAAGUGAGGUCUCAGCCCAAGAAACCAAAUCUCCCACAGCCUCCUCAUUGUUCAGCACAGAGACACCAUCAGCUAUGCCAGUCACAGGUGACGACAGGACUGUGACAGGUGAAACGGAGAGUCCCUCAGUAACACCUUUUUCAGGGUCACCAGUGGUUGGCACUGUAUUGAGUUCAACAGAUGAGGAUGUUUCAGGUGACCAAGCUUCAACAAUGUUCACCAUGACCUCCCAGGCCACGGCUAAAUCUUCACAAUAUAGCACAGAGGCAACAACAAUAUCUUCUGUAACAUCAUCUUCAGUUUCAGAGGAAAGUGAGACGAGUUCAGGUGGUGAAACCACAACAGUGCAGUCCAGUCCUUCCUUCAGUGAAUCAAUAAUAACACCUGACGGAACAUCCCUGCUUUCAACCAUCUUUUUUGAGGGUUCAGGGGACGGCACAACCGAUUUCACUGAUGAUUCCCAUCCUUCAGCUACUCCUGCCUCCUCAUUUUCCAGCACUGUGUCCCCAUCUGUUACAUCAUUCCUUGAAACUGACACAAGUGGUUCUCCAAAAUCAGCUGUCACAGCUGCUUCAUCUCUGUACAGUACUGAGAGACCGACUUCUAUGUCCCUUGAAACUAAAGCAACUCCAUCCACAAGUGAGACUGAGACAUUAUCAGCUACACCGAGGUCUAGCUCUACGACAACAGUGGAGGACAUCUCAGGAGCACAGACAAGUGAGGUCUCAGUCCACGAAACCAAGUCUCCCACAGCCUCCUCAUUGUUCAGCACAGAGACACCAUCAGCAAUGCCAGUCACAGGUGACGACAGGACUGCGACAGGUGAAACUGAGAGUCCCUCAGUAACACCUUUUUCAGGGACACCAGUGUUUGGCACUGUUUUGAGUCUGACAGAUGAGGAUGUUUCAGGUGACCAAGCUUCAACAAUGUUCACCAUGACCUCCCAGGCCACAGCUCCAUCUUCACCAUAUAGCACAGAGGCAACAACAACAAUAUCUUCUGUACCAUUGACUUCAGUUUCACAGGAAAGUGAGAGGAGUACAAGUGGUGAAACCACAACAGUGCAGUCCAGUCCGUCCUUCAGAGAAUCAGUGAUAACACCUGACGGAACAUCCCUGCUUUCGACCAUCUUUAUUGAGAGUUCAGGGGACGGCACAACCGAUUUCACUGAUGAGUCCCUAAUUCCAGCAACUACUCCCUCCUCAAUUUCCAGCACUGUGUCUCCACAUGUUACAUCAUCACUUGAAACCGACACAAGUGGUUCUCCAAGAACAGCUGUCACAGCUGCUUCAUCUCUUUACAGUACUGAGGGACCAACUUCUAUGUCCCCUGAAACAAAAGAGACUCCAUCCACAAGUAAGACUGAGACAUUUUCAGCUACACCAAGCUCUAGCUCUACGACAACAGAGGAGGACAGCUCAGGAGCACAGACAAGUGAGGUCUCAGCCCAAGAAACAGAAUCUCCCACAGCCCCCUCAUUGUUCAGCACAGAGACACCAUCAGCAAUACCAGUCACAGGUGACGACAGGACUGUGACAGGUGGAACAGAGAGUCCCUCAGUAACACCUUUUUCAGGGACACCAGUGGUUGGCACUGUAGUGAGUUCAACAGAUGAGGUUGUUUCAGGUGACCAAGCUUCAACAAUGUUCACCAUGACCUCCCAGGCCACAGCUCCAUCUUCACCAUAUAGCACAGAGGCAACAACAACAAUAUCUUCUGUACCAUUGACUUCAGUUUCACAGGAAAGUGAGAGGAGUACAAGUGGUGAAACCACAACAGUGCAGUCCAGUCCUUCCUUCAGUGAAUCAACAAUAACACCUGAAGUAACAUCCCUGCUUUCAACCAUCUUUAUUGAGAGUUCAGGGGACGGCACAACCGAUUUCACUGAUGAGUCCCUUAUUCCAGCAACCACUGCCUCCUCAUUUUCCAGCACUGUGUCUCCAUCUGUUACAUCAUCACUUGCAACUGACACAAGUGGUUCUCCCAAAACAUUUGUCACAGCUGCUUCAUCUCUGUACAGUACUGAGAGACCAACUUCUAUGUCCCCUGAAACCAAAGAGACUCCAUCCACAAGUGAGACUGAGACGUUAUCAGCUUCACCAAUGUCUAGCUCUACAACAGUAGAGGAGGACAGCUCAGGAGCACAGACAAGUGAGGUCUCAGCCCAAGAAACCAAAUCUCCCACAGCCUCCUCAUUGUUCAGCACAGAGACACCAUCAGCUAUGCCAGUCACAGGUGACGACAGGACUGCGACAGGUGAAACAGAGAGUCCCUCAGUAACACCUUUUUCAGGGACACCAGUGGUUGGCACUGUUUUGAGUCCGACAGAUGAGGAUGUUUCAGGUGACCAAGCUUCAACAAUGUUCACCAUGACCUCCCAGGCCACAGCUCCAUCUUCACCAUAUAGCACAGAGGCAACAACAACAAUAUCUUCUGUAACAUUGUCUUCAGUUUCAGAGGAAAGUGAGAAGAGUACAAGUGGUGAAACCACAACAGUGCAGUCCAGUCCUUCCUUCAGUGAAUCAACAAUAAAACCUGACGGAACAUCCCUGCUUUCAACCAUCUUUUUUGAGAGUUCAGGGGACGGCACAACCGAUUUCACUGAUGAGUCCCUAAUUCCAGCAACUACUCCCUCCUCAAUUUCCAGCACUGUGUCUCCACAUGUUACAUCAUCACUUGAAACCGACACAAGUGGUUCUCCAAGAACAGCUGUCACAGCUGCUUCAUCUCUUUACAGUACUGAGAGACCAACUUCUAUGUCCCCUGAAACAAAAGAGACUCCAUCCACAAGUAAGACUGAGACAUUUUCAGCUACACCAAGCUCUAGCUCUACGACAACAGAGGAGGACAGCUCGGGAGCACAGACAAGUGAGGUCUCAGCCCAAGAAACAGAAUCUCCCACAGCCCCCUCAUUGUUCAGCACAGAGACACCAUCAGCUAUGCCAGUCACAGGUGACGACAGGACUGUAACAGGUAGAACGGAGCAUCCCUCAGUAACACCUUUUUCAGGGACACCAGUGGUUGGCACUGUAAUGAGUCCGACAGAUGAGGAUGUUUCAGGUGACCAAGCUUCAACAAUGUUCACCAUGACCUCCCAGGCCACAGCUACAUCUUCACCAUAUAGCACAGAGGCAACAACAACAAUGUCUUCUGUAACAUUGACUUCAGUUUCAGAGGAUAGUGAGGGGAGUACAAGUGGUGACACCACAACAGCGCAGUCCAGUCCUUCCUUCAGUGAAUCAACAAUAACACCUGAAGUAACAUCCUUGCUUUCAACAAUCUUUAUUGAGAGUUCAGGGGACAGCACAUCCGAUUUCACUGAUGACUCCCAUCUUUCAGCAACCACUGCCUCCUCAUUUUCCAGCACUGUGUCUCCACAUGUUACAUCAUCACUUGAAACCGACACAAGUGGUUCUCCAAGAACAGCUGUCACAGCUGCUUCAUCUCUGUACAGUACUGAGAGACCAACUUCUAUGUCCCCUGAAACAAAAGAGACUCCAUCCCCAAGUAAGACUGAGACAUUUUCAGCUUUACCAAGCACUAGCUCUACGACAACAGUGGAGGACAGCUCAGGAGCACAGACAAGUGAGGUCUCAGCCCAAGAAUCCAAAUAUCCCACAGCCUCCUCAUUGUUCAGCACAGAGACACCAUCAGCUAUGCCAGUCACAGGUGACGACAGGACUGUGACUGGUGGAACGGAGAGUCCCUCAGUAACACCUUUUUCAGGGACACCAGUGGUUGGCACUGUAGUGGGUCCAACAGAUGAGGAUGUUUCAGGUGACCAAGCUUCAACAAUGUUCACCAUGACCUCUCAGGCCACAGCUCCAUCUUCACCAUAUAGCACAGAGGCAACAACAACAAUAUCUUCUGUACCAUUGACUUCAGUUUCACAGGAAAGUGAGAGGAGUACAAGUGGUGAAACCACGACAGUGCAGUCCAGUCCUUCCUUCAGUGAAUCAACAAUAACACCUGACGGAACAUCCCUGCUUUCGACCAUCUUUAUUGAGAGUUCAGGGGACGGCACAACCGAUUUCACUGAUGAGUCCCUUAUUCCAGCAACCACUGCCUCCUCAUUUUCCAGCACUGUGUCUCCAUCUGUUACAUUAUCACUUGCAACUGACACAAGUGGUUCAACCAAAACAUUUGUCACAGCUGCUUCAUCUCUGUACAGUACUGAGAGACCAACUUCAGUGUCCCCUGAAACCAAAGAGACUCCAUCCACAAGUGAGACUGAGACGUUAACAGCUUCACCAAGGUCUAGCUCUACAACAGUAGAGGAGGACAGCUCAGGAGCACAGACAAGUGAGGUCUCAGCCCAAGAAACCAAAUCUCCCACAGCCUCCUCAUUGUUCAGCACAGAGACACGAUCAGCUAUGCCAGUCACAGGUGACGACAGGACUGUGACAGGUGGAACUGAGAGUCCCUCAGUAACACCUUUUUCAGGGUCACCAGUGGUUGGCACUGUAUUGAGUCCGACAGAUGAGGAUGUUUCAGGUGACCAAGCUUCAACAAUGUUCACCAUGACUUCCCAGGCCACGGCUAAAUCGUCACAAUAUAGCACAGAGGCAACAACAAUAUCUUCUGUAACAUCAUCUUCAGUUUCAGAGGAAAGUGAGACGAGUUCAGGUGGUGAAACCACAACAGUGCAGUCCAGUCCUUCCUUCAGUGAAUCAAUAAUAACACCUGACGGAACAUCCCUGCUUUCAACCAUCUUUUUUGAGGGUUCAGGGGACGGCACAACUGAUUUCACUGAUGACUCCCAUCCUUCAGCUACUACGGCCUCCUCAUUUUCCAACACUGGGUCCCCAUCUGUUACAUCAUUCCUUGAAACUGACACAAGUGGUUCUCCAAAAUCAGCUGUCACAGCUGCUUCAUCUCUGUACAGUACUGAGAGACCGACUUCUAUGUCCCUUGAAACUAAAGAGACUCCAUCCACAAGUGAGACUGAGACGUUAUCAGCUUCACCAAGGUCUAGCUCUACAACAGUAGAGGAGGACAGCUCAGGAGCACAGACAAGUGAGGUCUCAGCCCAAGAAACCAAAUCUCCCACAGCCUCCUCAUUGUUUAGCACAGAGACACCAUCAGCUAUGCCAGUCACAGGUGACGACAGGACUGCGACAGGUGAAACGGAGAGUCCCUCAGUAACACCUUUUUCAGGGACACCAGUGGUUGGCACUGUAGUGAGUUCAACAGAUGAGGUUGUUUCAGGUGACCAAGCUUCAACAAUGUUCACCAUGACCUCCCAGGCCACAGCUCCAUCUUCACCAUAUAGCACAGAGGCAACAACAACAAUAUCUUCUGUACCAUUGACUUCAGUUUCACAGGAAAGUGAGAGGAGUACAAGUGGUGAAACCACAACAGUGCAGUCCAGUCCUUCCUUCAGUGAAUCAACAAUAACACCUGAAGUAACAUCCCUGCUUUCAACCAUCUUUAUUGAGAGUUCAGGGGACGGCACAACCAAUUUCACUGAUGAGUCCCUUAUUCCAGCAACUACUGCCUCCUCAUUUUCCAGCACUGUGUCUCCAUCUGUUACAUCAUCACUUGCAACUGACACAAGUGGUUCUCCCAAAACAGCUGUCACAGCUGCUUCAUCUCUGUACAGUACUGAGAGACCAACUUCAGUGUCCCCUGAAACCAAAGAGACUCCAUCCACAAGUGAGACUGAGACGUUAACAGCUUCACCAAGGUCUAGCUCUACAACAGCAGAGGAGGACAGCUCAGGAGCACAGACAAGUGAGGUCUCAGCCCAAGAAACCAAAUCUCCCACAGCCUCCUCAUUGUUCAGCACAGAGACACCAUCAGCUAUGCCAGUCACAGGUGACGACAGGACUGUGACAGGUGGAACUGAGAGUCCCUCAGUAACACCUUUUUCAGGGACACCAGUGGUUGGCACUGUAGUGGGUCCAACAGAUGAGGAUGUUUCAGGUGACCAAGCUUCAACAAUAUUCACCAUGACCUCCCAGGCCACAGCUCCAUCUUCACCAUAUAGCACAGAGGCAACAACAACAACAUCUUCUGGAACAUCAUCUUCAGUUUCAGAGGAACGUGAGACGAGUACAAGUGGUGAAACCACAACAGUGCAGUCCAGUCCUUCCUUCAUUGAGUCAACGAUAACACCUGAAGUAACAUCCCUGCUUUCAACCAUCUUUAUUGAGAGUUCAGGGGACGGCACAACCGAUUUCACUGAUGAGUCCCUUAUUCCAGCAACCACUGCCUCCUCAUUUUCCAGAAUUGUGUCUCCACAUGUUACAUCAUCACUUGAAACCGACACAAGUGGUUCUCCAAGAACAGCUGUCACAGCUGCUUCAUCUCUGUACAGUACUGAGAGACCAACUUCUAUGUCCCCUGAAACCAAAGAGACUCCAUCCACAAGUGAGACUGAGAAGUUCUCAGCUACACCAAGCUCUAGCUCUACAACAACAGUGGAGGACAGCUCAGGAGCACAGACAAGUGAGGUCUCAGUCCAAGGAACCAAAUCUCCCACAGCCUCCUCAUUGUUCAGCACAGAGACACCAUCAGCAAUGCCAGUCACAGGUGAAGACAGGACUGUGACAGGUGGAACGGAGAGUCCCUCAGUAACACCUUUUUCAGGAUCACCAGUGGUUGGCACUGUUUUGAGUUCAACAGAUGAGGAUGUUUCAGGUGACCAAGCUUCAACAAUGUUCACCAUGACCUCCCAGGCCACGGCUAAAUCUUCACAAUAUAGCACAGAGGCAACAACAAUCUCUUCUGUAACAUCAUCUUCAGUUUCAGAGGAAAGUGAGACGAGUUCAGGUGGUGAAACCACAACAGUGCAGUCCAGUCCUUCCUUCAGUGAAUCAAUAAUAACACCUGACGGAACAUCCCUGCUUUCAACCAUCUUUAUUGAGAGUUCAGGGGACGGCACAACCGAUUUCACUGAUGACUCCCAUCCUUCAGCUACUACUGCCUCCUCAUUUUCCAGCACUGGGUCCCCAUCUGUUACAUCAUUCCUUGAAACUGACACAAGUGGUUCUCCAAAAUCAGCUGUCACAGCUGCUUCAUCUCUGUACAGUACUGAGAGACCGACUUCUAUGUCCCUUGAAACCAAAGAGACUCCAUCCACAAGUGAGACUGAGAUGUUAUCAGCUACACCAAGCUCUAGCUCUUCAACAACAGAGGAGGACAUCUCAGGAGCACAGACAAGUGAGGUCUCAGCCCAAGAAACCAAAUCUCCCACAGCCUCCUCAUUGUUUAGCACAGAGACACCAUCAGCUAUGCCAGUCACAGGUGACGACAGGACUGCGACAGGUGAAACGGAGAGUCCCUCAGUAACACCUUUUUCAGGGACACCAGUGGUUGGCACUGUAGUGAGUUCAACAGAUGAGGUUGUUUCAGGUGACCAAGCUUCAACAAUGUUCACCAUGACCUCCCAGGCCACGGCUAAAGCUUCACCAUAUAGCACAGAGGCAACAACAAUAUCUUCUGUAACAUCAUCUUCAGAUUCAGAAGAAAGUGAGAGGAGUACAGGUGGUGAAACCACAACAGCGCAGUCCAGUCCGUCCUUCAGUGAAUCAACAAUAACACCUGACGGAACAUCCCUGCUUUCAACCAUCUUUAUUGAGAGUUCAGGAGACGGCACAACCGAUUUCACUGAUGAGUCCCUUAUUCCAGCAACUACUCCCUCCUCAUUUUCCGGGACUGUGUCUCCACAUGAUACAUCAUCACUUGCAACUGACACAAGUGGUUCUCCAAAACCAGCAGUUACAGCUGCUUCAUCUCUGUACAGUACUGAGAGACCACCUUCUAGGUCCCCUGAAACUAAAAAGACACCAUCAGAAAUGCCAGUCACAGGUGGCAACAGGACCGUGACAGGUGGAACAGAGAGUCUCUCAGUAACACCUUUUCCAAAGACUCCAGUGGUUGGCACUGUAGUGAGUCCGACAGAUGAGGAUGUUUCAGGUGACCAUGUCCAGUCCAUGUUUCCUACCACCUCCCAUGUCACUGUCAGCUCUAGUGUCACAGUUUUUACCUCUAGUAAAACUUCUACCUUCAUUGACAUGGAGAUCUCUGGGGACACACCUGAUCAGUAUGAUUUUGAGUCAAGCACAGAUGGAUCAGGAAUUGAGGGAUCAGCUGAGUCUCCUAAAAGUUUUCAGGAUGAAUUCGUUGUGACCACUGAUGAGGCUGAACUGUUUGAGUCUGAUACAACUUCUCGCAUGUCUCGUCCGUCUUCCUCCACCCUUUCCAGUACAAACACGGAAACUUUUACAGUCACCCAAACACCCCAUUUGACAAGCUCUGAGAAUUAUGUUACCAAGCAGGGUAGUGGUGUCUUCACAGUUGGCACUACAGGAAUGAUCGAUUAUGAUACUGACUCUUUUAAUUUGUCAACUGCAACUGUCCCACUGAAAAGUUCUUCAUCUACCAUUGCCUCAGGUCCCACUGAUAGUACAAGAAUUACGACCUUUCUCAGCUCACAGAAACCUAAAACAACAAUAGUUCUGAGUUCUCAUUCUCAAGCUACAGAGACUUUUACCUCAAAGCCACUGUUGAUAGAGAGGGUAUCUUUUGGAGAAGCUACAGGUGAAACUGAAACUUUAGUUUCAGUUACCCCAACUACUGAUCUAAAGAUUUCCUCAGAUCUGUCUGGAAGUACCACUGACACAGAAAACCCCAUCCCUUUUGAAACAACUGAGACUUCUGGUAAAAGUGAUGUUACUGUUGCUGAGCAAACAAUGCAGUCCUCUUAUACAACUCUUUCCCCACUUACAAUUGGAUCCCCUGUUAAUGAACACACAACAGAUGACUUCAUCACAAUAAGUCCAAGCAGUAAAGAAAAGUAUGAUGGAUUAACAACAAUGACCACUCCCAUACCCUCAAUCAUAUAUCACAGUGUAACAGACCAACAGGUUGUCAUCAUUACUCCAAGUGGAAGCCAAGAAAAGUCUGACUUGAUUGAACAAACACCUACUAUGGUCCUGCAUGUAUCCAAACCUUCAACCAGCAAAACCAUCAUUUUUACAGAGGAAGCAAAAAAUGAAGAUGACUUAUUCUCUACAGUUACAGACACUACAAGGGAUAGAAGCCCCACCACUGAGCUUGUCAUCAAAGAUAGCACAAUGAUUGAUGCAGAUAUUAUGGACAAAGUGCCCUCUUCCUUUUUUCACCCCACUAUCCAGACAGAAGAAGCUGGAGGUGUCACAGCAACAAUGACACAAAAGUUUGUGGUAUCAGAAGAACCUGAAGGUUCAGGCACUGAUAGUGCUACUCCUACGCCGGUAACUUUACACAUCACCUCAGCCAUGGCUUUGUCAUUAGCAUCAACAUCUGUUGAAGGUGCCUCUAGUGUAGACACCUCCAGUGAAGAGUCAGUCACACCAUUGUCCACCCUAGCUCCUGUUGUAUCUACAAACACAAGGUCUGACGAAUCACAUGGUUGGGCUUCACCACAUACAGUGGCCUCCAAAACUUUAAAUACACUGAAAGUUUCAACAGUUCCAUCCCCUAUUGAUGAUGCAACACAAGCCACUGCUCAUGAAGUGAGCUCAAUGGACCAAACUUCAUUUACUACAACAAAAGUGGUUUCUACAUCACCAGUGUCCUCAUUACAAAGUACAACAAAGCCUGAUGUUAUGGUUCAGUUUGUCACCACCUUUAUUCCAGAACAAGAUACAACACCAUCUGAGUUGUCCUUCCAACAAGCCAGGUCUGAAAUCACAUUUACUCAUCACCCCCGCACUAUCUCUGAGAAGUCUAUUUUGUCAACAACCAGUCCAAUGUUACCAGGUGAAGAGACUAGCAAGGAAAUGGAGCUAAAGAAUAAGACUGCCCAGACAGCUGAAGCACCAACCCAAGUACCUAUAACCACAGACGUUUCAACUUAUGCUGAGGGUAGUACAGUUAACGGCAGCGAAGUCAUUAAAACAUCUACUGAUUUUGAAAAAAUAUCUCAUCCAACAGAUCAGGUAGAAUUAGCUAAAGGAACAGAGGAUCCAAAAUCUGAUUUUUAUGACUCUAAAAACCCAGAAGACAAAACUGCAGAGAUUUCUGCAGAAACAUCAGCAGAAAGUUCAGUUGAACCAACUCAUGAGGCAACAACGAUUGAAUUCUCCUUACAAACAAAAAGAAAUCCACCACCAACGGUGUCUUCACUUUUUAGCACUGAAAAACCAUUGGUGGAGUCCACCAGCGUAACUGAAACGGUGCCUACUCCUACAGGAGAUGAGGAAGUGAAACCAACAAGUGCAAGGAAUGAACCACCUCCAGAUACAGACCUCUCCUCACAGAAUUAUGAUCAUGAUUAUCCCCCAGAUUAUGACUCACUGAACCCUAGUUUACUGGAAGUAGCUCCACAAUUUAACAACAAUACAACAUCACAAAAAGUUGUGUUGAUUACUGUACCACCGUCAGUUUCUCAGACAUCUGAGAGCCUUCCUGCUGAAUCAGUGAGCACUACUGAAAGUGGCUCAGAGGAAAACAUUAUUAAGUCACCUGAAGAAGCAGUAGCCAGAACUGUCUUGCCCUCUGCCUCAGCUCCCAUCAGUGUUACAUCUUCUAGUUCUGAGAGUGGUUCAAAAAGCAGCAGCAGCUCAAAAGAAAGUAUGCCCACAGCAAGCACUAUUAAUCUUACAAGUGAAGAGGUUAAGAAAAUAACUUCUGAACAUUUAUCUGUUUCAACUAAGUCACCUGAAAAAGGGUCAAGCAGUUCUUUCAAUUUGGUCUCAGAGGUGACAACUACGAUUACAACAAAGUUCAACAGUUUGGAGGAGCAGUCUCUUUCUCCAGGUGAAAUUAAAACUGUCUACAAGGUUGAUACUACCACAGCUUCAAAGAUGGAGUCUGUUCACCACACUGAAUUGCCCUUAAGGACUUCUACAGAGUUCACAACGACUUCUGCUCCAGAACAAAGCCAGCCAAUGUUUGGUGCAACAGAAGUCACAACUCUAUCUCCUGUUGCUGAGGGGAACAAUAAACUGGACAGUGACAUACUUACACCUCCAUCACCCACUGAAAGAGAUCCACUCCUCAGGGCAAAGGAAACAACUGCACUGCCCGACAUAGGAUUGGGGCACACCAUUGUUGGCGAGACUUUUGAAAUUCCAGAAGGUAACAGAUGUUUGGAAAAUGUUUGUCUAAAUGGAGGAUCUUGCUACCAGAGUGGAAGCAUCUAUACAUGUAGCUGUGCUCCUGGCUAUGGUGGUGAACGCUGUGAAACAGAUAUUGAUGAGUGCCACUCAAACCCUUGCCGAAAUGGAGGUACAUGUGUUGAUGGGUUGGCUUCCUACACAUGUGUGUGUCUCCCAAGCUACUCUGGGCUUUAUUGUGAGGAGGAUACAGAGACAUGUGACUAUGGAUGGCACAAGUUCCAGGGCCACUGCUACAAGUACUUCCCCCAUAGAAGAAACUGGGACACAGCAGAGAGAGAGUGUCGCAUACAUGGGGCGCAUCUCACCAGCAUCCUCUCCCAUGAGGAGCAACAAUUUGUCAAUCGGCUUGGACAGGACUACCAGUGGAUUGGCCUGAAUGAUAAGAUGUAUGACAGUGACUUCCGCUGGACUGAUGGCAGGCCUAUGCAAUACGAAAACUGGAGGCCUAAUCAGCCUGACAGCUUCUUCUCUUCUGGCGAGGACUGUGUAGUGAUGAUAUGGCACGAAGACGGCCAGUGGAAUGAUGUUCCUUGCAACUAUCACCUCACUUACACCUGCAAGAAGGGCACAGUGGCCUGUAGCCAGCCCCCUCUGGUGGAGAAUGCACGCACUUUUGGAAAGAAACGUGAGAGAUAUGAGAUCAACUCGCUGGUGAGAUACCAGUGCAGGCAGGGAUUUAUCCAGCGACAUGUCCCAACUAUCCGUUGUCGUGGAAACGGACAGUGGGACAUUCCUAAAAUCAGCUGCAUGAACCCAUCAAGCUAUCAGAGGACCUUUAUCAGAAGACAUCAACACAAUAGUCUCUACAGCAUCAACAAUUUCAAGAGAUGGCCAGAUGAGGCCUUUCGCUUACAGCUUUACAGGGGAAGGAGAGAUAGAACUGAACAUUGGAGGAAGAGACACUGACCGCCAUUAAACGUGGCACCACUUCCUUUAGAUGAGGACACAUGGCUGAUGCUUGUGUGGAAAGAGGAUUCAAAGGAAAAGCACAAGAGAAAACUCAAAAAAGAAGCGCAAAGUGGAUAACCUACAGUUUUCUUGCAUUAUGGAUAACGAUGGAACUUUAUGAAGUGCCUUUUAUUAAAGAUAUAUUGACAGAUGACUUUUCUGAUCAAGGGGCACUGUUGUAUAACACUGCCAUGGAGGACUUUCAGCUGGCUACUGGAAAAAUAAGAAAAAAUACACCAACUAUUCUUGCUUUAUUUGCAGAAAGAUUUCCAUUCUGUCCAUAGCUCAUCAAAUAAUACAAUCAGGACUGUUUUUUUUAAAUACUUUUGUACACCAACUGUGCUAUUUAAAUCAUCAUAACUGUUCCUUCUUCAUAGGUUGUGAAAUUAUAGCGCUUAUGUGGUGUAAAGAAAUCCAUGAUGUUGUCAUGCUGUUCUAGGCUGGACUGUCAUUUUAACGAUCAUGCAUGCACAUGCAUGUGUACUGAAGUCUUUAUAUUUGUGUUUAUUCUAUGUCAAGCGAUCCAAAUGAGGCACCUGAGAGCACAUAGAGGCACCAGCUGCAAUGAUGGAUCAUGCAAAGACUCACGGUUUACAUUUAGCUUUUUUAUUUUCUACAGCCAGUUGAGCUUAAGAUCAGCAGAAAUAGAGAAAUAAUGAUGUGUGGCUUUUAUUAAAAAGACCUUGCAUGUAGAGGCAGCUCUCAAAGGAAAGAAAACGAUCAUAAGCUCAGAGUCUUGCAAAUACAAGGUAUUUUGUUAGAUUCCUAGAGGUUCAAAAGUAUUGCAGAAUCUUUUCCAUGAUGUUCAGCAGUUGCAUGCAUCAGCAGUGACUGACUGACACGCCUAUCCAAAGAUAGAAACGAAACGGAUGUUUUUUAAUGAAAGAAGGGAUGUGUGGCUCUAGUAGCCUAGAUUUUCUGCUUCUCCUUUUUUAAUGCAUAGCUUCAAACUAGUUACUACAGCAUGUUUACAAUGAGUGUAAUGCUGUUCAUGGUAACAAACCAAUCAUCUGUUGCUCUUUUGCUGUUUUAUUCUGCAAUCUUAACAUAUCUGUUAUUGUGGUUAAUUGGAAUCAAGCGUUGAGAGAAUGUAUUUUGUGAAACAAUCAAAAGACUUGAACGUAACAGGCAGAGAUGCAUAUAAUUUAUUUUCAAGCUGCUCUUGAUCUCCUCACUCGGUUUAUACUCACAUGAAAAAAAAUGAUGCUGUCAACUGGCCCAGCAGUGUUCUUCAUAUAUCUUUUUUUUAUGCACAACAGGAGAUCAGCCACAGUCUCAGACUGUUUUAAAGGGAAGAUGACACAAUGGAUUUGAGACUUUGUACACCUUUAAUGCCAACAGUGGACCAAAGAAUAUAGAGGGCCCCAUCGGCUGCAAUAAUGUUCUGUAACUUUAACUAUCUUUGUUUGUGUUGACAAGUGGAUGGUGAUCUGUCUGUCACCAGCCUUUUUUUAAACUGAAAAAUGUUUUCUGUCUGCCUGUGAAUGUCUAUGUGUGUUUUAGCCUUUAUGUGCAUAUAACAUCUUUUUAUAUUUAUAACAGGUUGUUUUUUAUUUUACAAUGUGAAUGUCUGGGAUGUUUUUUUAGUGAGAUCAAACUGUUUUUCCUGCUUUAAAUCACCAA